AUGGAAACCGCACACCGACGUAUAUACAAAAACGAGGCAAGAAACACCAUCCUGUAGUCAGUCGGUUAGUGAAUGGCAACACAGUCACAACUGCUUUCCAUCUCCUGGGAACUUUGCAUCACUUUGCCAUUGUUUGGUUUUUCGUUAAUGUUACACCAACUGCAGUAACAUUUCAUUGGCGAUGUGAAUCAAUUGAGGUCAUCCGCGGAUUAGGAGACACUGUACAAAUUCUCCGUGUUCUUAUUCCCCUCCGUUUGUUGGAUUUAGAAGGAUACUUGGCCGGAAGGGGGCUCAACACAUCAUGGAACACUGGACAAUAUCGUUGAUAAUGGUCUAUACUUUGGCCACUUUUGCCACUACGUCUGGUGUUUAUUCCCAGCAAUCGAUGCUGAUGGAAGUGGAUAAUGCCGGACAUCAUCAUUUCGACAUCGAACCUUCUACGGACGGUAUGAUGGCCUGCUACUAUUGCAUUAACGUGUCCAGCAACGAGAUAUGCAACCGGUUCGCCAUUGAAACUCCUUGUCCAGUGGAUGAUUAUUCCACCGAUUUGACGAUGUGUUACACGUUUCACGUGAUGGACGAACGAGGGAAGACGCUCAUCGUGACGAAACAGUGCGCCACAACGGAAACAUGUUCGUCACAAGUCGGUUGUCGUCAGGAUAACUCGACCAACCAGACGGCAUGCGUCAGUUGCUGCGACUUGAAUUACUGCAACGAGAAAGUCGCUUUCAACGCCAGCGACGCUGUGUUUCUGCGCUCAAACGACCGGACGGCAGCAUUUUCAUCGGCGUCCAAAUUUAUCGGCGGUCGGUGGAUUCUACAAUCACUAACAGUGGCUCUUCUUCUCUUGUAAUCGCCUUCCUGUCGUCUUUGAACUGAUCGCCUCUUGGACAAAAUCAGUAUUUUUAUGGGCUGUUGGGGACACUUUCCCAGUGUAUUUCCCAUCCACCAGAGCUAACGCAGGAUUCAGAUUCUGUAGUGUAAGAAUUUAGAAAAGCUAAGAAUCAAUCGACACGGUAAUGAAUUCAAAAAUCGUCGUAGAUCUAUAGGAAGGAAGACGCUGGUCUAACGAGGCUCUAAGGCAAGCGUCGUGCCUUACGUCGUUCGUGUUUUGCAAUGACGUCAAGCUGUUGAGAACACAACGGGGAAAAUAGAGCGAUGGAUUUCUGUUAGCAUCACGUGAUUCCAGUGGAAAAGAAAAAAAAAUAACAACAUGCAGGAGUUGAGAGCAAACUGUGGGCGGGGCAUAUUUUUCCUGGCCAUUUUUCACUUGAUGCCAGUUACACAACCAAUUGAAUUGAUCUAAGAUUUCGUUUACCACGCCCUUAUUGUCCCCUUAAAUUGCGUCGUGUAAUUUUGGGCAUGGUCCAUUUUUCGCCAACUGAUGGAACGCUGGUACUGCAAAAGCACUUUAGAAUCCCUAACAAUUGCUCUCCAAACAAUUCUGCCAAUCCGUCAAAAUGAUUUGUUCACAUUUUAUUAUUUUACCUGAAUGUUAUUGUUAGUACUGUUUCAUCACUGUGCGUGCACAGCACCUAAAAAACGGGAUCCGCUUCAGCGUGAACGAUCGAUACGGACUCUAUUUGCCAUGGCAAUAGAAAGAAGAUGAAUCUGCUGCAUGAAGAGAGUUUCUCAUGUAUAUAACAUGUACAGUAUAAACAGCAAGUGAUGAUGUAAAACAAACUCAUCGUGAUUGGUUUCCCCCUUUUUUGUUAUUCCUUUUUUGAUUUAUUCUGAACCGGGUAGAGGAUUCUUACAUUUUCCUCGCUCUCUCCCCUGUCUAUUUGUUCAACCGUGUGUACCAUAAAUGUAACACGCGAAUUGUGAUGGAGUCUCUCUUUUUAUUGACAAUAUGUACAUUACAUACAGCCCACGUAUAUAUACAUAGCACUGAAUUUGAAGGCGGAGACUAUAAUCGAAUUGGUGCGAUUCUCCUGGACUUGGAACUGAUUGAUGGUGUAAAAAGUAUUGGAUAUCUGAUACGUGAUUCCCUUUUUUUUUGUCGGCGUUGACUAUCCUGUUGUUUUUUGUGUUGUUGUUGCAUUUAUCUAAUAAGACGGUCCAUCAUACAACGGCUCAAGUAAUGUAAUUGAGCUCAUCUCUA